GGCCCCCUGCCCCGCGAAGAUGGCUGCCGUACGCCGGGCCCGCAGUUACUGCCGCUGCCUGGUGCGCUUCUCCGACCGAGAACUCUACUAAGCCCCGCUGCAGCAGACAGGCAGGAGUAGACACUCGGACAACCCGGCACACCUCCUCGGGGGGCGGUGCAGAGGGGGCGCGGAGAGCCCUUCGACCGCGGCCGCCCGGCCCGCCAGUAUGGCAGAAGCUGAGGAAGAUUGUCAUUCUGAUACUAUCAGAGCAGAUGAUGAUGAAAAUGAAAGCCCUGCUGAAACAGAUCUGCAGAAUUGUUUGUCACCUCAAGAGGAAGGCAGGAAAGCUGGAGUUGGGGCACAACUCCAGAUGUUCCGAGCUCAGUGGAUGUUUGAACUUGUCCCAGGUGUAGGCUCUAGCAAUUUAGAAACUCGAUCUUGCAGAGCAGCAAGAGGUUCUUUUCUGAAAGCAGGGGAUAUCAAAGGAAAGCAAGAACUGGCAAAAGAAGAAAAGGCUCGAGAGCUCUUCCUGAAAGCAGUAGAAGAAGAACAAAAUGGAGCUCUUUAUGAAGCCAUCAAGUUUUAUCGUAGGGCUAUGCAACUUGUACCUGAUAUAGAGUUCAAGAUUACUUAUACCCGGUCUCCAGAUGGUGAUGGCGUUGGAAACAGCUACAUUGAAGAUAAUGAUGAUGAUGAUAGCAAGAUGGCAGAUCUCUUGUCCUACUUCCAGCAGCAGCUCACAUUUCAGGAGUCUCUGCUCAAAUUGUGUCAACCUGAACUUGAGAGCAGUCAGACUCACAUAUCAGUGCUGCCAAUGGAAGUCCUGAUGUACAUCUUCCGAUGGGUGGUGUCCAGUGAUUUGGACCUCAGAUCAUUAGAGCAGUUGUCGCAGGUGUGCAGAGGAUUCUAUAUCUGUGCCAGGGACCCUGAAAUAUGGCGUUUGGCCUGCUUGAAAGUUUGGGGCAGAAGCUGUAUUAAAUUUGUUCCAUACACAUCCUGGAGAGAGAUGUUUCUAGAAAGGCCCCGUGUUCGUUUUGAUGGAGUGUAUAUCAGUAAAACCACAUAUAUUCGUCAAGGGGAACAGUCUCUUGAUGGUUUCUAUAGAGCCUGGCACCAAGUGGAAUAUUACAGGUACAUAAGAUUCUUUCCUGAUGGCCACGUGAUGAUGUUGACAACCCCCGAGGAGCCUCAGUCCAUCGUUCCUCGUUUAAGAACUCGGAAUGCCAGAACUGAUGCAAUUCUGCUGGGUCACUAUCGCUUGUCACAAGAUACAGACAAUCAGACCAAAGUAUUUGCUGUGAUAACUAAGAAAAAAGAAGAAAAACCACUUGACUAUAAAUACAGAUAUUUUCGUCGUGUCCCUGUACAAGAAGCAGACCAGAGUUUUCAUGUGGGACUACAGCUGUGUUCCAGUGGCCACCAGAGGUUCAACAAACUCAUCUGGAUACAUCAUUCUUGUCACAUUACUUACAAAUCGUCUGGCGAGACUGCCGUCACUGCGUUUGAGAUUGACAAGAUGUACACCCCCUUGCUGUUCGCGAGAGUGAGGAGCUACACUGCUUUCUCAGAGAGGCCGCUGUAGAGCCUCACGUCCAGUCCUGUCAGUGUUGCAUGAGUUAAAGCAUAUAGCGCAAAAGAGCACCUAAGUUAUAAAUGUACAUAUAUAUAUAUAUAUAUCUGGAAUUGAAACUUAUUUUACAUUGUUGGAAUUCUUUUAAGAAGAGUAUAAAUUGAUUAUUUUUUUUAUUUAAAGGGAUAGUUGAUUCUUGGGGUGUCUUGUUUUUGAAAUUAAAAAGCUGAGAUUACAUGUUGUUUAAGCACAUUUAUGUUGUGAAAAACCUUAAUAUGAGCUUUAAAUCAUGUCCUUUUUGAGCAGAUUCCUGAGCGAAUUUCUGCCACAUAAGUCUUCUUCUGCCUGAUUAUCCCAAUAUUUAAAUGCGUCAGGGAGAGCUUUAUUGGAUAAGCAUUUCUUUCACGCAUGACAUAGUGUCUUUUUGCACUAAAGACUCAAAAUGUGAAAACCUGUUCUGGAUUUGUUUGAAACUAUUUGACCAACAAAG